AUGUCAGGAGGGGACUCCCAUAUCGAAGCUGCAGUAGCAUCAUCAGCGGGAAAAAGUGUACCAAUCGAUUAUGCCGAAGAGCAUGAGAAUAAUCCAAACUUUUACCACAUCUCACCAUUGGAAGGCUCUACGGUUACCCGGAAUCAUGAUGUAAAUGAAGAAAGGUCAGGACUUGAAAGCGCUAUAGCAGGACACAAAGCAGAUGAUAUAAUGAGCGAUGACACCUCUUACGUUAUCACGGAACUGAGUCCUAUUGCACCGCUGAAAAUUACAACCCCUGACACCAUUGAAGACGACACUGCUUCCAAUACGGUUUCGAGGCCGUCAGAAUCUCGUGACUAUCUAUAUAAUGCUAAUUUGGCUGUGCAUGACGCUGGAAACAAAGAGGAGAUGUCAAUGAAGGUGAACACUCCUGCAAGGAAAGGCAGGUGGAAGAACCAUCAGCCAUCACCUUUCGUUAGAAGUUUUGAGUGCCACUAUCCGGUAUGUUACUCUUAUACUGAGUUCGUUGAAGAUUGGAUAUGGCAAGAAUCGCUUGGUCACUCAUGUAAGAAUUCACUGGGGAAAGAAGAUGAAGAAGUGCAGGCAUUGCGAUUACUCGGCUACACAUUGGGGCGGGGUACGAUCUAUUGA